AUGCCGCUGUGCCUUAGCUGUGUGGAGAGAACCUGGGUUCCUGUCUCAGGGCCGGGCCCUGGGAGCUCCUGGUCGCCGCUGCUGAUUUCGCUUAUACCAGUAGCCCAUGCUCAAGUAAAACCCAAACCGACUGCGAGAGUGAAUACUCAGAGCUCCGUCUACACUGGAGACACCAUCACUCUGAGCUGUGAGCUGCAGCAGUCGACUGGAUGGAAGUUUCUCUGGUACAAAAAUAAUCAGCUGUUACAGCUUCUGAAGAGUGAACAAGCACACACACUUAAUGUGACAGCCAAUAAUGCAGGAGAAACAGUGUACCAGUGUCGCGCACGCAGGAGAAACUACUACACAAUGUUCAGUGAUCCUGUCAGGAUUACAGCGAGAGGAAACCCCAAACCGACUGUGAGAGUGAAUCCUCAGAGCUCCGUCUACACUGGAGACACCAUCACUCUGAGCUGUGAGCUGCAGCAGUCGACUGGAUGGGAGUUUCUCUGGUACAAAAAUUAUCAGCUGUUACAGCUUCUGAACAGUGAACAAGCACACACACAAGUGACAGUCGAUAAUGCAAGAGAAAUAGUGUACAAGUGUCAGGCAUGCAGGAGAAGCUACUUCUACUACUACAACUACUACAGCAACGGCUACUACUACACAGAGCUCAGUGAUUCUGUGAGGAUUACAGUGAGAGCAAGACCUAAGCCAGAUGCAUCCAUAAAUCCUGAUAAACAGGUGUUCAGUGGAGACGCCGUCACUCUGAGAUGUGACAUACAGGAUGAAGGUGUCUCUAGCUGGCAGUACAGCUGGUAUAAAGAUGCUUCACACAGUCCUGUCAGUAGUGAACAGGUGUACAGGAUCAGUGGUGUUGAAGUGACCCACACAGGUAAAUACACCUGUAGGGGAGAAGAGAGAAGAGGCUCACGCUCCUCACACCUCAGUGAUGCUGUUACACUGACUGUAUCAGAGAGACCAUGGGCAGUACUGAGUGUAUCUCCACAGAGCUGGCUGACUGAAGGAGACUCAGUGACUCUAAGCUGUGAGGUUACAGACUCCUCUACAGACUGGACAUUCAGCUGGUACACAACUGUUCCCUACAGAGACGGCUUAACUCAAGUAAAACAUAAUCGUGGCUAUAUCAUGUAUGUGGAGCUCCUCUCAGACAGCAGCAGAGGAUCUGGAGGCUCCUACACUCUCAGUCCUGCUGCUCUUCAUCACACAGGAGUUUAUAUGUGCAGAGGAGAGAGAGGAGAACCAGCCUUUCACACACAGUACAGCAAUCCACAGCCACUAUGGAUCACUGGUGAAUCUCCUCCAGUCUCUCUGAUCAUCAAUCCCAGCAGAACUCAACACUUUACUAAUGACUCUCUCUCACUCAGCUGUGAGGACCAGAGUAACUCUACUGGAUGGACAGUGAGACGAUACACACACAGUGAGAGAGUGUUAGAUUGUUCACGGUGGGGAUCAGUUACAGGAUCUACAUGUAAAAUCAGCUUCCCUUCCACAUCACACACUGGAGUUUACUGGUGUGAGUCUGAAUCUGGAGAAAACAGUAAUCCUGUCAACAUCACAGUGCAUGAUGGUGAUGUGAUCCUGGAGAGUCCUGUCCAUCCUGUGUGUGAGGGACAUCUUCUGACUCUACACUGUUUAUAUCGCAACACAAAUUCUUCAAACCUCCGAGCUGAUUUCUAUGAAGAUGGAGCAGUUCUACAGACACAGACUACAGGAGAUAUGAUCAUCUAUAACCUCUCAAAGUCAGAUGAAGGUUUCUACCACUGUAAACACCCAGAGAGAGGAGAGUCACUGAAAAGCUGGCUCUCAGUCAGACGUGUAGAAGCUCCAUUCUCAGUGCUCAUGCUGAUCAGUAGUGUAGUGACGGCCUCUCCGUAUCUGCUGGUGACCAUCAUUCUGCUGGUCAAAUGUUACAGAGCUCGAGCUCACACUGAUGAAGAGAGAAUUGAGAAUGCAGUCAUAGAGGAGUCAGCGAAGUUCAUUUAA